UGCAAACGUCGGGCUAGUCUGUCUGCCGAUCAUUAUACGCCGAAAUGGAGUCAACAAACAACGUUAUAUAUAUAGUCCUGAUGACGUCAUUGGUCAUCGGAGGAAGCCAUUCGGCAGUGCCCUAUCGCCAUAUAGAAAUGGAUAAUAGGCCGGCAUAUAUGUAUAAUCCGCAAUUUUGCAUGGACACACUGACGGGGCAGCAACUUUACAUUGGUGAGGGCUUCACGCGACCGGGCCAGUGCAUCCAUGUCCAGUGCCUGGAAUCGCAGCAGCUGUGGGAGGACAGCUGCCAGGUGCCGAAACUGACGCAGGGCGACUGCCGGCCGGUGGCGCCACCGAAAGCGAGUUCGGAAUAUCCCCGCUGCUGCCCACUGUACGAGUGCAAGAGCUACGAGUCGAAUGCCGGGGGAACCCUGGAGCAGACCAAUACGUAUGAUCACUACGGAACUCUGCGGAAUUCCCAUCUCACCGAGGUGAUAAAAAUUGCCCAGAGACCAUCCCGUCCCUCGGAGAAUAUUCCCUCUGAUCCUGUGAGAAAGUAUAAUGUGUAAAAAGUGGCCUUGAAAUAAUGUCCACUGUGUGAUUGUGUGAGCUUUUUGAUUAGCUAGUUUUUAAUGCAACUGUAAAAAGUAUGUCGGAAUAAUAAAACGAAAAUUUUUUGCAGAAUAA